AUGGCCACGAGAGCAACCACGAGAUCACAACCACCUACGAUUCUUCAAUUCGAUACGAGGAGUAAUAUGGUCAAUGGGAAACGGAAAAGUAUGUCCACUAAGCAACUUGGAACAGAAGAGGAUGAACCGGAUAAGAAGAAGAGGAAACCUGCUAUCAAAAAACAACCCGCAUUCAAACCCCAGCCUGUACCUAUCACCAACUCGUCCGACACCCCUCCAGACGACAAUGAUGAGGAUCUCCAUCUACUGCCCCCGCCACCCGAGAGGAAGAUUGCCAGGAGGAGAGAAUCAACGAGGGAGAUUAGGGAAAGGCAAGAAUCACCCAUACCCAUACAUACAAAUCAACAAUCAUCUACGUCUUCUUCGAACAGCUCAAAACGGAUAAAAAUAUCGUCUGAGGAUAUCAGGGGACGGGCCAAAUCAGUCGAUCCUGUCAGAUCAGCGGUGAAUACCUCGGAUGAUCCAUUAGGCGGGAUAGAGGAGACAGAAUCGAUGGGAUCGAACAGAAGAGUUCAAGUGGAAGGGUUAAGUAUACCACUGCUUCAAGCUUCUCGACCAUCUGGUCCAAGACCUACUUCACCGCCGAGAAGGACAUUCUCUUCGUCGAAUUUGUCUCAACCUACAGCUGGACCUGGACCCUCGACGGCGCAGAUGGGUCCUCCGCCAACAUCAUCGAAGGGAUUUGUGAGGAAGACGAGACAGUCGAUGGGAAGGACUAAAGGGAGGAUAAGCGAAUUAAGCGAAGAGAGCUUCGUACCCCUCAUGGAGAGUGAGACGCCCGUCAUAAGGAAGAAUCAACAGCUGAGAGGUCAACAGGCAAGAAGAAGUUCGCUGGAUCAUAGGGGUUCGAGAGCAAGUUCUAGUUGGGGAAGAGGUGAGAUAACGAUGCCUCAUAAGAAUGUCGAUUCCAAAUUGUUCUAUCGACAUAUCCCAGUCUCUUAUCCUGAACCGAUCAAAGCUCGUAUGUUGUUAGUAUGGUGUGCGAAUCGAGCUUUGGAAGAAUCACUCAAACCCCCUUCCACUUCUUCUAGAAGAGAUAAGGGCAAGGGGAAAGCUAAGGCUGAAAUACAAGAAGAAGUGAGGACGGAGGAAGGCGAUAAGAUGUUGAGAGAGAUUAUGGAUGAGUUCGUGAGGGAGAUGAAUCGGGGAGGAGUAGAUACGAGUGUUUUUGGUGCACCUGGUCAACAACCCACUGUAACCGGUCUGAGACCUCAUCCCAAGAACGUAUCCAAUCGAAAAGUUGAAGCAGCUGCCAACGCAGAUAUACGGAAGUAUAAAGGCGAAGAAGCACAAUGGCAUGCACUCGCCUCGUCGACACGAGCAAAACAGGAAGAAGUGAUAUCUCGGCUGAAGAAGAAGGCUGAAAUGGACAGUGAACCCGAUAUGUCGAAGAGCGAGGACUGGAUGAAAGAUGCUUUGGACCUUGCUCAAGGUAUAUUGGAUCGAAGUGAUGAUGAUUUGCUGGAGAAUAAAGGAGAAUUUGAGGAUGUCGAGUUUAAGAUCGACACAUUGCAUCAAACUUCUCAUGUGGCAUUACAAUACGUCUUACAAUCCUCUCGAUUCCUCGAUGGUAUAUUCUCAUCUCUAACUGCAGAUUUACGAUCGAGAGAUAGACUAGGAAUACCUCCUAUGAACAAUUUACCUGAUAACGAUGAAGAAGGACCUGAUACGAUAGGUUUGUUAUCUACUGCAACGAGAUCAGCAUCUUCAUCUUCUUCAAGUAUCAAUAAUAACAGUGAGAAUAAGAACAAAAAGAAGGUCGAUCCGAUGGUAUUGCUCCGAGCUCUAGCUUUGAAAGAAUCAAAAAUCCAGAAUAAAACAUUGAUUGAGAGAGCUAUGCAGAUCCCUCCUGUAGCUUUAACUUCUUCGUCUUCAACAACAACAGCAACAACCAACCAUUCCAGUAAUGCGAUGGGAAGUGCUACGCCCCGAAGGCAGAAUACGUUGGGUAACUCGACGACACCCAGGAGACCUACGGGAUUAACGGCUCAGACGCCUAGAACAGCAAGGAGGGGGAUGACUCCUCAUGGACAGCAUGAGUAG